CUCAGGGCCGGCUCUCUCCCUUACAGAGUGAUAGGGGCACAGGCAGUAUCUGGGCCAGCCCAGUGCAGUCCUGAGUGUGAUCCCACGGUGGAAGGAAGCCGGCCCUGGAAGUUGAGGAGGGCUGUGAUCUUACUGUAGGAAGGGGCUGUCUGUCCAGUUGCUUUGUUUCAGUGGUAAGCCUUGGAUCUCAAGGGUCUGUGGUGGUCUGAAGCGGGCUUUUUGGGUCUGGCUGGCUAUGAGGGGUCUGCAUUUGUCCCCACAAUUCUGAACCCAUGAGGAAUGGGAGGUGGCCCAGGACUUUGCCACUGUCUAGGAUGGAGGUGGGCUCUCAGCUGGCUAAGUACAGGUUUCUCAGAUAGUGAGUGUAACCUGCACAGAGAGGCAUCUUACACUUGCCCAUCUAGCAACUUGUCCUCUUAAAAGUAAAUUUUAAAAAGGCUCCAGCCAGGUGUGGUGGUGCGCACGUUUGAUCCCAGCACUCAGGAGGCAGAGCCAGGCGGAUCUCUGUGAGCUCACGGCCAGCCUGGUCUACAACAGGGUUGUAGACAGAGAAAACCUGUCUCGGGGGAAAAAAGAAAGAGAAAGAAAAAGAUGUCUGCAACUGGGGGAGGGGCAUGUGUGUUCGGGUCAGAGGACAAGUUUGUUAAAGCACCAGUAUGUUCUUCCCCCCGCACCGGUAUGCAGGUUGCAGGGUGAAGCUGUAGGUUAUCAGGUUUGUAUUACAAGUGCUGUGUUCAUUGAGCCAUCUUGACGAUUCCAUAAACAGUAAUUCUGCUUCUUUCUUUUCUUUCUUUCUUUCUUUCUUUCUUUCUUUCUUUCUUUCUUUCUUUCUUUCUUUCUUUCUUUCUUCUUUCUCUCUCGCUCCUUCCUUCCUUCCUUCCUUCCUUCCUUCCUUCCUUCCUUCCUUCCUUCCUUCCUUCCUUCCUUCCUUCCUUUUUUGAGGUAGGGUCUCACUAUGUGGCUUUGGCUGUCCUGGAACAGCCAAAAGCUGACCUUGAACUCACAGAGAUCCAUUUACCUCUGCCGCCGAAGUCCUGACCAUUCCUUUUUGGACCAAAAUAAUAAAGUAAAGGUAUAUAUUUCCCAAGUGCUGGGAUUAAAGGUAUAUGUCAACAUGCAAGGCCAUUAAUUUUUUAAAAUUACCUUUGUUUAUCAUGUGUGUAUGUGUGAGCGCACAUGUGCUAUGGGAUGCAUAGUAUAUGACAACUUGAGAGAAUCACUUCUCUCCUGCUGUGAGGGUUCCAGGGGUUUCACUAAGGCCAUCGGGUUUGGCAACAGACUCCUUUAGCUGCUGAACCAGCUCACUGGCCCAAUUUUGUUUCUUAAGAGAUGUGCUGUUCGCUAACCUGGGAGUUUGGAAAGCCCAGACCAAGAACUAUGCUGGUGGCAGUGUCUCUGAGGCGCAGAGGGCCCUGGUGUCUCUGAGGCGCAGAGGGCCCUGGUGUCUCUGAGGCGCAGAGGGCCCUGGUGUCUCUGAGGCGCAGAGGGCCCUGGUGUCUCUGAGGCGCAGAGGGCCCUGGUUCCUCUGUCUUCUGCGGCAGCAUCUGUACUUCAGCAGUGGAAGGUCUGGCUGAAGAAGCAAGGUUUGGCCCAGGCAGAGCACAGUGCCAGGACAAGCUCUUGGUUCAUCCUCGCUUGUGAUCGGGUGAGACACCAGCACUGUCCUGUGUCCCCGAGUCUUCAUGGAAUCUAGUUUCUUUUGCUCGCAGCAGACUCAGACAUAUUUAGUUUUUGGUGCUGGGGACGGAACCCAGAGCCUCACACAUGACAAGCACGUGCUGUGCUGAGCUCAUUCCAGCCCCUCAGUCUUGCUUUCAUGUGGGUAAGAUCCCACAUCCUAAGCUCUUUAUCCAAGCAUAAUUUCAUAUUCUGUUAAAUCACUUGGCUUUGUUCUAACGGCUUCCUGCUUGCUAUAGGCACAAUUAUAAGGAAACAGAACUUCCUGAUAGCAAGUGCGCCCGUGUUCUAAAAUAAGAGCAGAUUCGCUGUAAACACAGCAAAAGUCCUGAGUCUUCAAUUAAGGGGCUAAAUCCAACCCCACAAAUGCUUUUGUGAGAACUGAUUGCCCCGGCUUGUGCGUCACCUCAUGAGUGUGGAGAGGCAUGCAAGUUUCCAAUGGACGUGUGUGGACCCCAAAGCAGCUAGCACUGGAGCUUAAAAUACCAAAGAAGAGACCCUCAGCCACAGACCGCAGACUUCAGGACUGCCGGAGAGGAUGGGUGGCCCCAGUGCCAGAGGCAAGUGGCCGUCAGCCUUCGGUCUGCUGCUCCUGCUGCUCUGGGGGACUGCAGCCACCGACCUUCGCCUGGAGAGUGAUCCCAGUGGCCAGGACAGUGUGCAGGAUGCCACAGACCCAGACAGGAGGGGAACUGGCCUCCUGACUUUCCUUGCCUGGUGGCAUGAGUGGGCUUCCCAAGCCAGCUCUGGAGCUGUCGUCGGAGGGGACGCCCGUGAGGUGUCUAAGCGGCAGGAAGGCCCACCCCUGCAGCAGCCCCCACGCCGGGAGAAAAAGCCCUGCAAGAACUUCUUCUGGAAAACCUUCUCCUCCUGCAAGUAACUCCACCCUGUGAAAUGCUACCACGGCUUGAAUAGAGUGCCAAGCGGUGGGCGCUUUCUUCAGUCAGCUUUUCUUCCCGUGCAGUGUGAAAUCAGUAAAUUUCAGUAAUGGCCACAGCCAGCCAUGACCAAGAGUAAUUCAGCUAAGAACUGGAAAUUCAAAGACACAUACUCCUUCCCCGCCCCCCAAAUAAAAAUGGUGGUGAUUCUUGCUGGAGUGUACCCAGCAGAACCAUUGGGCUUCUGUGUCCUUCCUGGUGCUGGGAGGUGAAGGCCUUGUCUCUCAAUUCAAGACAGCUAAAGGCUGUGUGUGUUUGUGUAAGAGAAUGUCUGUAUUAGGUCAGGCUGGCCCCAAACUAUGUGGUCAAGAAUGACCUUGAAAUGAUCCUCCUGCCUCUACUUCUCAAGUGCUGGGAUUAUGCCCAGCUCAACGCUGCACAGUUAAGAGUUCAAAGAAGAAUCUUCAGUUUAUUUUUAGCUUUUGGAGAUAGGGUCUUACAUGUAGCCCAGUUGGUCUUGAACUCACAACCUGUCUUCAUCUCUUAAGUGCUGGCAUUAUAGCCGUGCACCACUAUACCCAGCUGUAUUCCAGUCUUUUUUUAAAUAUGAAUUGUCCAAUUUGAGAAAUUUGUCUCCGGAGCCAGAAACCAUGGUGCAUGCCUGUAAUCCAACACUCACGGAGGCAGAGGCAGGUGAUCUCUGUGAAUUCGAGGCCAGCCUGGUCUACAAAGUAUGUCCAGGACAGCCAAGGCUACAAAAAGAAACAAAACAAAUCUCAGCAGACCUAGGCCCCCUAAAAAUAUGUAGCUGAUGGGCAGCUUGGUCUUCAUGAAUCCCCUAGCCAGUAGAGCCGGGGAUGGGGCUGGGCUGUCUCUGGCAUGGACUCUUUGCCUGCUUGGGGAUUGCUUUCCCUUACCCAGGCUGUCUUGUUUGGCCUCAGUGGAAGAGGAUGCUCUUUGCCCUGAUGGGACUUGUGUUGGUACAGUGGGGGCCAGGGAGGGGGCUUCCCUUUUCUCAGGAAAAGGGGAGGGGGGACGGGAAGAGACGAGGGAGGGAGCUGCAAUCGGUGUAUACAGUGAAUAAAUAAUUUUUAAAACUAAAAAUACAAAAUUUCUCCAGGCUUAGGGUCAGCAGAGUGCUGGCCUAGCAGCCAUGAGGCCCUGAGUUUGAGCCUCAGCACUGUGACCUUCACAAGCAAGUUAGCAACACUGCUCUUGAGCUCUGAUUAUUCCUCAUAUUUUAGCUAAAGCUAAUUUUAAAACUAAUGUUGUGCUAUUAAGCCAGCACCAUGCUGAAAUGCUUAUAAAAGUUAUAUUCAAAUUCCUUAUACAGUAGUUUUAAUUAGUAGUAUUAAUUUGUUGCAGUUAUUUUCCCUGGUCGUAGCUUCAGUUUUACUCGGUGAAGAAUGACAUCUACUGACAAAGUGUUGAACUGGGCAGUGCUCCCGUCUAGCCUGAGGUCCACUCCACUUGCUUUUGGAGUCGGGGAGUCACUGUUUAGCCUUCGCUGGCCUGCAGCUUGGUAUGCAGACCAGGCUGGCUUCCAAUUCACGUUGAUCCAGCUCUCUCUGCCUCUGUGCUGGCACUAGCUGUGAGCCACCAUGCUUGGCCUACCUUGACUUCUAAGGCAGGUACCCCCAAAACCCAGCAUCCGGACUGUCCAGCAAAAUGCUCUAGGCACAAUUGUCACACUAGCUUCUCCAUUCAAUUGCCAGUGAACAACAGGUGAGAGAUAGUUCCAUUUUCUGUUAUAUAACAAGCAACUGCUGAGUCCAUAGCUGAGCAGGAUUUUGGUCUUGUCCAAGAAAGCUAGGGGGAAGUCGCUGUUUCUAAACUUAGCACAUUUUUUGUGGCUUUUGGUUUUUUUGAGAAGGGGUUUCUCUGUGUAGUCCUGGACUCGCUUUGUAGACCAGGCUGGCCUUGAAAUGGCAGAAAUCAGCCUGCCUCUGCUUCCCAGAGUGCUGGGAUUACAGAUGUGUGUGGCCAAGCCCUGCUAAAGUUAGCACAUUUUAAUUCAUAGCACUGAAAUCCUUUCUGGCUAAACGCACUUAACUGUUGAGCCAUAGGCAUUGAGAGAAACACCAAAUGUGAAGGUUCUAGAUGCUAAACUGUUUGUAGUCUCAGUGUGCAGGAGGCAUGAGGACAACUGCAGGCAUCUGGUUCCCUCAUCCACAGUGUUAGUUUUGAGGAUCAAACUCAAGUCAUCAGGCUUGGGAGCAACAGCCUUUACCCACUGAGUCAUCUUACAGGCUAUCAAGAAGGGUGUGGUAGGUGUGUCGGGGAAACCCUGCUGCUCAGGUCUCAGUCCACAAUCCUCCAUGACUGAAGAGCCUGAGCUCGGCACAGAAUGGAGGACUCCCUUUGUCUAUAAGGCUUCCUCUUCUCUGCUGGGGGAUCUUGAAUCCCCACACCCUCUGUCUGAGGAAUGCCAUGUAGUCCUUCGGGAAAUUACAGGUCUGACUCCCUUUCUCCUGAUAAGAACCCGUUCAGCAAGUACCUGGGACUCCUGGAAAGCCUCUCCGUGUACACGGGGCACCUCAGCACCUUAGCCCUUCAACCAGUGACCUUUGCCCACCCUGGCUAUUCCUACCCCCUCCCCAUAGUUCUAUGUAACCCUCGUUCACCUGGAAUAAACUAGAGCUGCCUCCCCGAAGCUGGCCCUGGAAGGUCA